CACUUCUGGAAGCACAGACCUGGUGCGCGGCAGCGGGCCACGAAUGCAGCCGGGUACUGGGACGUGCAAGCCGCGGGCCUCUCUGAAGCGGUCAAAGAUCCUGCACAUGGCACUGAUGGGGACUUCCGACCCCUCCGGAGAGGCAGAGGCCAGCCACGAGAAGCCCUUUGUGCUGCGGGCACUGCAGAUCGCUCUGGUAGUCUCUCUCUACUGGGUCACGUCCAUCUCCAUGGUGUUCCUUAACAAGUACCUACUGGAUAGCCCCUCCCUACAGCUGGACACCCCCAUCUUCGUCACCUUCUACCAGUGCCUGGUGACCGCGCUGCUGUGCAAGGGCCUCAGCUCACUGGCCACCUGCUGCCCUGGUACCAUGGACUUCCCCACCCUGCGCCUGGACCUCAGGGUGGCCCGAAGCAUCCUGCCCCUGUCGGUGGUCUUCAUCGGCAUGAUCACCUUCAAUAAUCUCUGCCUCAAGUAUGUGGGUGUGGCCUUCUACAACGUGGGUCGCUCACUCACCACCGUCUUCAAUGUGCUGCUCUCCUACCUGCUGCUCAAGCAAACCACCUCCUUCUAUGCUCUGCUCACCUGCAGCAUCAUCAUUGGUGGCUUCUGGCUUGGUGUGGACCAGGAGGGCGCAGAGGGUACCCUGUCUUGGACGGGCACCCUUUUUGGCGUGCUCGCAAGCCUCUGUGUCUCACUCAACGCCAUCUACACCAAGAAGGUGCUCCCGGCGGUGGACGGCAGCAUCUGGCGUCUGACCUUCUACAACAACGCCAACGCCUGCGUCCUCUUUCUGCCCCUGCUCCUGCUGCUGGGGGAGCUCCCAGCCCUCUACAAUUUCCCCCAGCUGGGCAGCGCCCACUUCUGGGGCAUGAUGACGCUGGGCGGCCUGUUUGGCUUCGCCAUCGGCUAUGUAACAGGACUGCAGAUCAAGUUCACCAGUCCCCUGACCCACAACGUGUCCGGCACAGCCAAAGCCUGUGCCCAGACGGUGCUGGCCGUCCUCUACUACGAGGAGACGAAGAGCUUCCUCUGGUGGAUGAGCAACAUGAUGGUGCUGGGAGGCUCCUCCGCCUACACCUGGGUCAGGGGCUGGGAGAUGAAAAAGAUUCAGGAUGAGCCCCGCCCCAAGGAGGACGAGAAGAGUAACAUGGAGGUGUGAGCUUCUCCGGAGACCCUGCAAUGGCCCGGCCCAGCCCGGGGAGAAUGCCCGUGAAUGAAGUGAAGGUGUCUCUCUGGACCCAGAGACAGUGGCCUUACAGACCUGAUGGGAAUCUGGUGGUUGAAAUGGAACCAGUGUUUCCAAGUGAUGUCAGAAAGUUGCCAAACCUGUCUC